GCCGGGCCGCGUGUUCCGCGGGGGACCCUGAGCGCCGAGACACCGCGCGGAGCGAAGCCGCGUGGCGCGCGAGAGGCCAUGGCGGGCGAGGCGGAAAGCGGCGCGUCGGGCGGCCCAAGCUCUUUCCCGGCGGCGAGGACGCUCCGCGGGAGCCGGCGGGAGGAUCACCCUGCGGUCGGUAUAGCCGGGGAACGGCCCGCGGCGCUCGCUCCGCCCUGCCCUCCGCCGAAGGGGGACCCGGGCGCGCCGGGGAAAGAGCCGCCUUCCCUCUCGCGUUUCCGUCCCCGCCGCCCGCCGGUCAGAAGCGGGUCCGGGGCUGGCCUUGCAGGGGCGCUGACGUGUAAGGCAGGUAUUUCUGCCUUCUAAGGAACUAUCCUGAUUAGUUAUCGAAAAGAUUAAGCUUGUAUCCCGCCCUUCAUCCGUAGAUCUCUGGGUGGGUCAUAACAGAAAAAUGCAAGAUUAACAAAACCAUAAAAUACGCAAGAAAAACAAACAACAAGAAGAAAGUUAUGAAAACAUUGUCCCCAUCCUGGAAUCAGGAAUGGGCCUUGGUAAUAUAGCACCCCGAGAGGACAAAAUUUGACUCCCCCCCCCCCCCCGCAAUCUUCUUUUCACAAUAAUUCCUUCUGGAAUAGCUGCCUUUUAAUGCAUCUUCGCCGUAGGUACCUGUAUAAAUAAGGGUGGUAUUAUUAUUAUUAUGUGCCCCAUUGGCUUAGUGCCCUGUAGUGUAUCAAUUGUGCUUUUAAUGCAUGUUACACACUGCACAAUGUAAUGUAAAAACAUUUCCCUCACCCACCCUGCCCCAGUGAGGAAUAAAUAUUAUGAGGAGUGGUGUAUAAAUGCCUUUAAAUAAGCAAUUAGAAUAAAAAACAGCAGAACCCUGCCUCCAGGCUUACAGUGUAAAUAGACACAAGAGAAAAGGAAAGGCGGGUAUUGUCAGUGGCACCUCUGGCUAUGUGCAAAGGGCAGCGCUAGCUUUAAGUGUUUUUCAACCUGCAGCGAACAAAGCGAAAGUCAUUCCCUUCCCCACUUGCAGUUGAUAAUAGAACAGCUUGUUAAUGGAAGUUGGAGGGAGGGUGUCUCUGCUUUCUGCUGGUUAUGAUCUUACUAUACUAUCCUUUGCCAUGUGAAACCGCAUCCACUGAUGGGUGAAUGGCUGUGUGUUAAGGGCUAUACACCUGGUCCAAGGAAGAGCAAAGGAACGAUAAAGUUGGCACAGCAUUAUGUAGGCACUUGUCACAGGUACAUGUCUCUAUUUAGUUAUGCAGUGCCUAUCGCCAGGUGCCAUACAUGAAUUAAGAGGGAGAUGGUACAGACUUGCAGUUUAGUUGCACGUGACACAUAAGGAAAAGAAUCCAAAGGGAAGUGUGCCACAUAUCAAUGAGUAAAAGUAAAAUAUAUGUGUGCAAUAGCUUCUUAGGUAUUACGUGAAGGGAUAAAGAGCAAUUUGGACAUGUGGAGCAGCAAGAUAAAAUCAACAAAUAAAAUGAACAAAAAAAUGUUCAGGAUGAAUAAGCAAUAGAGCAGGGUUUCCCAAGCUUGGAUCUCCAGCUGUUUUGGACUACAAUUCCCAUCAUCCCUGACGACUGGUCCUGCUAGCUAGGGAUGAAGGGAGCUGUAGUUCAAAAACAGCUGGAGACCCAAGUUUGGGAAACCCUGAACUAGAGUGAAGUAACAUGUAUAUGUGACCCAGCUCUGUAAUUUUAUAGAGAAGCCUCUCAAACAGCCAAGUUUACUAGACAAGUAGCUUUGCACCCUUGACUGACUGACCUCAAAUUCUGUCAUGCCCUGGUGCAGGUUCAUCUCUGGACUAGAGAUGAAAUAGCAGGUAUACUGAACUCAAGAAUCUAAGAAUGAUCCUGUAAGAAAGGUCAACAGUAUUUGCAUACUGCAGAUGACAAGCCAAGAGGAGUAGUGUCCUGCUAAAAGGAAUAUACUGUGUUUAUGGCUGAGUCAUUUAAAACCAUUUUUUAGUUUAGAAAGAAGAUAAGUAGGAUGGGACAUGAUAGAGGUGCGUGAUGUCAAGAAAGGGGAUAGAGAAAUGUUUUUAUCAUACUGCGACCCAGAGCCGUCCAAAGAAGGUGGGAGAUCUAGGACAGAUGAAAGGAAGUACUUCUUCACAUAGUUCAUGCUUACUUAAUAUGGAAUUUGCUACCACAAGAUGUAGAGAUGGCCACCAGAUUGAGUGGCUGUAAAAGAGAAUUAGACAAAUUUCUAUAGUAGCUGUAUACAACCUCAGAGUCUCAGAGAAGGUACCCCAUUGAGUACCACCAGUUACUGGGGAACAACAGCAGGAAAGGGCUGCUGUGCUCAUCACCUGCUUCUGGGCUUCUGACAGGCGUCUGGCUGGGAAACAGGAUGUUGGAUAAGAUAGGACUUCGGUCUGACCCCGAAGUCCUAUCUUAUCUUAUCUUAUCUUAUCAUGUUCUUAACUAAUCUGAAUCUCAUCUUGCAAAUGCCUUCUUAGAUUCAGGCUCUUAACUCUUCUUAUAAAACCCUUCUGAUUUCAGUGAGUCUUUAAGUAUGAAAACAGUAUUCAGGAUUGGAGCACAAAGAGUCUGUAAAGAAUCAGAAAGCUUCAUGUUCAGCUCAAAUAUUUGUAAGAGCAAUAACUUUUAAUACACUUAACUUUCUAUUCAAGUGUAAGAAGUUUUACAGGACCCUCUGCAAUAGUUCUCUGCCUGAGCUGGGUCAACAAUCUCCUCCCCCCGCAUCAGAAUGCAGAACUCCACGAUCUGAUGUGAUUUUUACUGAAAUAACCCUCUUAUGAGUUUGGCAUAUUAAAAGAGAGCUUAUUUUGAUGGUUGUGUAACACAAGCCACCAGAGGUUUAAGAAAGUAUUAGCUUGUUCAAGUUUAUAAAAUGCAAACUUUACAACUCAGAUAUUUUGCUUUUUUGAUAUGAAGAAGGAAUCAAGCUCUCUAUAGUGAUCAAGGCAUUAUAAUAUGAUUAUACUGUGCCAGGUGCAGGUGAAGCUUGCAGCAUGUCCCUAGCAGUGCUGCGAUUUUACAUUUGCACAGCAUCAGCUGUGUGUGUCGGGUACCCAGCGCUUAAACAGGGAACCUCAUGUGUGGAAGCCGGUUCCUAAUUUGACAAACAGGGUUGUGCAACAUUGUCCUCUGUAACUGGCAGGCAGCAGGAAGGCGCUGCAUCAGGGACAAGGAGCCUGUGGCCCCCACAACGCCCAUCAGCCCUGACUUUGCUGGCUGAGGCUCAAAGGAGUUGAAGUCCAAGAUCAUAUGCAGGUGCCACAGGAACCCCACCCCUGCUCUGUAUUAGCCAGCCCUGGCAAAAGUACCAGGAGCCUCACCUUCUGGCCCUGGCUAGUCAACAGAAAAGUACCUUCUGGCUCCAGCUGAACCCGUGUGAUAUAGUGGUUAGAGUGCUUUGCUAGACCCUGGGAAAUCCAGAUUCACAUCCCUAGUAAGACAUGAGGAAUGCCAGGUGACUGUCCCCAUCUCUCAGCCUAACCUACCUCACAGGGUUAUUGUGAGGUUAACAUAGAGGGGAGGAAGAACCACAUUUGCUGCCUCAAGCUCCUUGGCAGAAAGAUGAGAUAUAAAUGCAGCAAGUAAAUACAUCGCUGUGGCAGUUAUUUAUAAAUAGCAGUUCUAGCAAUGGAUAUUCCAAGUUCAGUUUCAGAUACAGCUGCUUCCUGCCCCCUUCCUGUCUCAGGGGCUUGCCAAAACACAGAUUUAAAGCAGUCCCUGCACAGUAGGCUUGGGACAGAACUGGCCCUGUUUUAUGAACAAUCAGCGUUGCUAAAUCAUGCCCCUCCCCUUCCAAAACACUAAACUGCACCUUUUGGAAGACAGUUUUAUUGGCAUUUUCAAAACAUGACCUGCAAGUCUUUUAACAGACUAUCUAGCAGUAAAUCCAUUAACAGGCCUGAAAAAAACUGUGUGUGCUGUGCUUUUUGGGGGGGUCUUCCAAACGUCUCUAGAGUUGAUGGGAAAACACUUUCAAAAUAUUGUGGAUAAAACUGCUUGAAUUUUGUUGCAUUGCAGUAGCUUUUACAUCUAUUGCUUACUAUUGUGUCUUUCAGCUCACAGGGAUGAUGUCGUUGGAUGUGGCUGACAGCAGUUGUGUGCAUGCUGCUUUCUUAGUUUACUUAGACCUCUUAGAAGGUAAGUUAAUGGAGGCAGCUUCAAAGGCAGACUGAGGAAUAAAUAAUAAUAAUAAUAAUAAUAAUAAUAAUUUAUUACGGCCGUAGGCCCAUACAGAUAAAAACAAGACAUAAAUAACAGCCUGUGCACAUGGGAAAAAACAGCCGCUAAAACACUACUAUAACAAUAAGCUACUAUAAGAUGGAAUGGCAUACUACGCCUUAAUUAGCUUGUGGUGCUCCUUGGCGACGCUUUUGGGUAAGGACAGCGACCAGGAACCUAGCCACUUUCAGGGUCGUAUGGGCAUCCUUAUCCUGCAAGAUUUGGGCAAGGUGGAAUUUUGGUGGAGUACCCUCUAAUUUCUGUAUGAUUGGUCCCAACAAGUUUGCCCGUGGCACCUUAAAUAAGGGGCAAGUGAACAUAAUGUGCUGAAGCGACUCCGGCAUCUCCUUAUCACAUUCGCACAUGGCGGAGGUUUGGCCCUUUGAGAAUCUAUGUCUCAGGACAUUGGAGGAAACACAUUAAACCUCGCUUUGGUGAAGGCCAGCCUAUGGGCAACAGUCGAAAGGGAGGAGAGGUAUGAUGGAACGCAAUAAGUUAAAGUGAUACCAAUGUUCUGGGGCGAACAAACACCUCCCCCCAGCAUAUAAUUUUGCUGUAAAUCGAUGUCAUCCAGUCUUUGGCGGAUCAGUCUUUGAGCAGUGAUUUGAUCUAGUUUUAGGGAAUCUAAGGGAGAGAUUCCAUAGCUCAGGAGUUUGGCAUGAAUUCUACUGGUCCAAAGGCUGGGGAUUCAUCUCGCCAUAAGCAUUGGGCAAGGUAAUGGUCUGGUAAUCUAUGCCACAAUGAUAACCAAUAAUUGAAGACUUGCUUCCACAGGCAGGUUUCUAAGGAUGCGAUCCUCAAUUCUAAACGCAUGGCUGCGUUGCUUACGCACAGGGGAGCAUUAGGAGCCGACGUAGGAAUUGGUUUUGCAAAGUCUCAAGAGGAGCAAGGUCUGUCAUCACGACCCAGAGCGGGGCAGCAUAAGCAAGCACGGGAACCACUUUUGCCUUGAACACCUUUAGGGCCGAGGGAACAUGCAAAGCUCCAUCCGAAAAGAAAAAUCGGAGGAGCGCAUAUGACAGAGUUUUGGCCUUAUUAAGUAGGUGUUGAAUAUGUGCUUUCCACCCCAAAUUGUAUUGAAAAAUAACUCCUAGGUAUAAAAAACCCAAGCUGCUAAGGCAUAUCAUUUGGUUUAAAAAGAGUGCCAAUAACGUCCUUUGUGUACUCUUAGAAUACCUUGGACUUUUGCAGACAUCACUUGAGCCUGUCUGCACUUCUGAAUUGUCCCAUCUUGAACCCACCUAACCUCCAUGCAUUGGAUGUUUCAUUUUCAAUUAAUUUCACUUUUGAUUUGUAUACAGCCUUUCUAUAUUACUGUGCACAAGUGAUAAUAAAAACAUAACUUUCAAAUAAACAACUUAUAUAAAAUAAAGUAAUAUUUAAUAAUCCCUUGGAAUAUAAUAGUGCACAGUAAAAUGAAAUGUCAGCAACUAAUACAGUGGUGCCCCGCAAGACGAAUGCCUCGCAAGACGAAAAACUCGUUAGACGAAAGGGUUUUUUGUGCUGCUUCGCAAGACGAUUUUCCCUAUGGGCUUGCUUCGCAAGAUGGAAACGUCUUGCAAGUUUGUUUCCUUUUUCUUAACACCGUUAAUACAGUUGUGACUUGACUUCGAGGAGCAACUCAUAGCACGCGGUGUGGUAGCCUUUUUUGAGGUCUUUAAGGACUUUGGUGAUUUUUGAAGCUUUUCCAAAACUUUCCUGACACCGUGCUUCGCAAGACGAAAAGAAUCGCAAGAUGACAAAACUCGCGGAACGAAUUAAUUUCGUCUUGCGAGGCACCACUGUAAACAGAAAUUCACACUUUACAAUACAUAAUAACUAAAUAUAAUCAAUAAAAACAACAGCAAGUCACAAUGCAUAAAAUACCACAUGUAAAAGGAUCAAACUGAGAAACAAAAGACAUACAACUUACAAAAUUAUUUCAAAAGAGAAUUCCUGGACUCAUCUUCUCACUUGCCAGCUGUUUCUGCUGUUCAUGGUCUGGGAAAGGCUCCUAGGGCUGGAGGAUGGGGCAAGGCAGGUGGAAAAAGCCAUUGCCUGGUGGCCAGUGCAAAGCCUCUUUCCCCUCGACUCUGCAUAUCAGUGUUACAAUGCCCAGCUCCACAGAGCCCAACAUACCUGUAGUGACUGUCCUCUCCCCAUCAGGUGGAGGUGGUGUCACACAUGAGCUUGAUAUAGUUAGAUUCACAUCUUCAUAGGAUUCUUGUUGGUUUCAUUAAAACAUACAGCAGUAGUCGCACACUGAUGAUUCCCCCUUGCAAGCUGUUAGAGAAAAUACAUCAGUUAGAUAGCUGAUAGUCACCCAGGUGAGUCUCCACCUCCCACCCACCCCUUGUAACUUCACGUCAAAUAUGACUAGCACUAUGUGUCCUGGGUACACGCAAGAUCCCUCUCUCGUACAGCCAUCUGCACAAUCAUGGCCAUUGUGGUGGUGUGGAUAAAUUACUGGAACUGGACCAAAAUGAACCUGACACACAUCCCUACUUGAACGACUUACCCAAGGUCACUAAAUGAGCUUCAUGGCUCUCUCUCAGAAUAUGGUUGUGAGAGUGAAUAAGGAUAGGAACAUAGGAUGGUGCCUGUCAGAUCCCUGGUCCAUCUAGCUCAGGAUUGUCUGCUCCGACUGGCAGCAACUCGAUGGUUUCAGGCAGCGAGUCAUUGCCAGCCAUAGCUGAGGCAGAGUAGAUGCCCUGACCCUGGUCUGUGUUCUUCCCCAAGAACUCUUGAAGGAAGAGAGAAAUCUAAUACAGUAUCUAAAUAUACUCUAGGUGUGUCACUUGUUCUGUGGUUUGUUUCAGACUUUUCUGACUCUUUACUGCAAGACGCCUUGAGUCUUCCUUUAGAAAAAGGUGUUUAAGAAAUCCAGUGAACCAAACUGAAUGCUAUUUUUUAUUUAGUUCAUUCUCAUUUUGCUGCUGUUCCUUCAGCUAGGAACUGGCAUGAGGUGUCCUACAUUGGCCUUGCGGAAUUCCAGCUUGUGUGUCUCUGUGGACGAGAGAGAGAAACGGAUGGUUUUCAAGUGGUGGUGCCAACUCCUGUCCACGUGUCAAUUAGCCAUGAGAGGUGAGCAAGGAUCCACAGAGGCUUUGGUUUUGAGUUUAUUUUAGCCAAACCAAACAUAGGUUGGCAAUGCUCAAGGCUGUUUUGCUCCUGCAGUUUUGCUUGGCAAAGCUUGGUGAAACCAUAGAAGCUGCCUUUGAAGAUUGUUUUAAAACUUUGGCUGGUUCAGAAUAUAACAAGCAGGACUCACUCAAUGGAACACAACUUGCAAAAAAAAUCUUCACCAGCUUGUUUCUGAGCACAUUUCAGAUAUACCGUAUUUUUCGUUCUAUAGGACGCACCGGCCCAUAGGACGCACCUCGUUUUUUGGGGGGGGGAAAUGAAUAAAAAAAAUUAUCCCCCCCCCCGCUACCGCCCCAAGCCUCACGCGCUCGGCGGGACCUCCCACCGGGCGCGCGAGGCUUGCAGACACUCGCCCGAAGCACGGGGAGCCCUCCGGAGGGCUCCCGUGCUUCGGGCGCAAGCUGCCGCCCGAAGCCUCGCGCGCUCGGCAGGACCUCCUGCCGGGCGCGCAAGGCCUGCAGACACUCGCCCGAAGCACGGGAGCCCUCCGGAGGGCUCCCCGUGCUCGGGCGACAGGCUGCCGCCCAAGCCUUGCGCGCUCGGCGGGACCUCCUGCCGGGUGCGCAAGGCUUGCAGACACUCGCCCGAAGCACGGGAGCCCUCCGGAGGGCUCCCCGUGCUCGGGCGGCAUGCUGCAGCCCCAAGCCUUGCGCGCUCGGCGGGACCUCCAGCCGGGCGCGCAAGGCUUGCUGACACUCGCCCGAAGCACGGGAGCCCUCCGGAGGGCUCCCCGUGCUCGGCGACUAGCUGCCGCCCGAAGCCUCGCGCGCUCGGCGGGAUCUCCUGCCGGGCGCGCAAGGCUUGCAGACACUCGCCCGAAGCACGGGAGCCCUCCGGAGGGCUCCCGUGCUCGGGCGACAGGCUGCUGCCCCAAGCCUUGCGCGCUCGGCGGGACCACCUGCCGGGCGCGCAAGGCUUGCGGACACUCGCCGGGGCUGCAGGCUGCUGCCUGCAAGCCUUGUGAGCCCGCGGGAACUCCCACCGGGCUUGCAAGGCUUGCGGAUAGCUUCCUGAAGCCUGGAGAGCGAGAGGGGUUGGUGCGCACCGAUGCCUCUCGCUCUCCAGGCUUCAGCGAAAGCCUGCAUUCGCUCCAUAGGACGCACACACAUUUCCCCUUCAUUUUUGGAGGGGAAAAAGUGCGUCCUAUGGAGCGAAAAAUACGGUAAAUGUAAAUCUCAUCUCCUGCCUUCCUGGGAGGUUUAAAGGACUGGGUCUCAAGUGGGCAUUAAUAAAAAAUUAAAAAAUUCCAGAUGCUGAUUUCUAGAUCCAGGGCCAAUUCAGUGGUACCUCAGGUUACAUACGCUUCAGGUUACAGACUCCGCUAACCCAGAAAUAGUGCUUCAAGUUAAGAACUUUGCUUCAGGAUGAGAACAGAAAUUGUGCUCUGGCGGCGCAGCGGCAACAGGAGGCCCCAUUAGCUAAAAUGGUGCUUCAGGUUAAGAACAGUUUCAGGUUAAGAAUGGGCCUCCAGAACGAAUUAAGUACUUAACCCGAGGUACCACUGUAUCUGUAUAAAACAGUGGCAGAAUUGUGGACUUGCGCAGUUUAGAAAAUUUCCUUCUUGUACCCCAGGAUCAGAUGGUUUCCAGAUCACUGUUGGCUUUGGUCAGUGACAUGGGAAAAGAAUACCAAAUCCUGAUUCCUUAUGUGUUGGUAGGCACCCACAAAUCUGUUGAAACAUGUUUUUAGUUACUGGAGUUACAAUAUCACCAAUGCAUCUUUGACUAUUUCAUUAAGCUUUUCAUUCAUGUAGAGUUUCUAUAAAUUUGUGUGGUGGUGAUGCUGUUUGCUCUGUCUUUGGCAUUCCGUUAAAAGAUGACAUUCUUGGGAUGGCAAAGGGUGAAUGAAUUACAUUGAUUGAAGGUCCACUUGGCAACCAGUCUUUCUAAUAGGGCAAACAUUGAAUGUGUGAUUUCUCUCAAGCCUGCUCUGUCUGUUUCAUUCUCAGCUGCCAAAUGACUCCACUUAAGAACUUGUGCCCAGUUCUCCUAUGUGGCUGCAGUUGUGCACACCAUCAUAAAUACUAACAGUGAAUUAGUUUGCCAUGUGUAGAUCCUUAUGCAACCCAAACAGUCUCGGCUGUGCAGAAGUGGGCGAUAGCAGCAGUUUUGGAGAAGCCCAGUAUUUGUAAAGAACACAAAGUUGUUUGGGGUGGGGUGUGGAAAUCCAAAAGCAGCUCAGUGAGGGCUCAGCAUACAUAAUGAACACAGAAUACUGACUGUCUUGGUGGGGUGGUGGUGGAACAGAAUGGAAUGGAAUAUCCUUGGUUGACUGGUCAGAAUCUGGAACAUCAGUGCUCCGCAGUGCUAAUUUUGUGGCAAGUCCAAUUUGACUUCCCUUAUUCCUCAAACCAGGGUUUGUCAUCUUGCUUAAAAUUUGGAUUCAUGAGGAUCCAAUGACUCACUAUUUUGAAUAACUUGCAUGGGAGUGUAUUGCUUCAUAAUUCAGGGAAGCAUUUGAAUCCUCCCCAAACAUUGAAUCAUGUGAGUCAUUGGACUGAGCCAAUCACACAUCAGCUGGAAGAUGGUGUUGCACAUGAUGGCAAUGAGGACACAGGGCUAGGUCUACAUAUUCCUUCUUUUUUGACAUUUUAAAAUUCAUUUUCACUUUUAACAUUUAUCAUCAUACAUAAAUCAAAAUCGUUUUACAAAUAGGAUUCUCGGAAUCCUGGAACUUCCCUCUAGCCCUCCAUGGUUUCCCCAGAUAAUCUUUUUCAAACUGCAUCGUAUCCUAUUCUCCGUAUUUUCUUGAAACUCAAUUUUUAUCAUAGUUCUCUCUUCAUUGCCAGUGUUGUCAAAAUCCUGCCAAUGUUUUCAAUUGUUUACAGUGUUCUUUGAAAUAACUUUAAAAUUUCCCCCAAUCUUUAUUAAAUUUAUUGUCCUUUUGAUCUCUGAUUUUCCCGGUCAUUUUCGCUAAUUCGGCAUAGUCCAUCAUCUUUAGCUGCCAUUCUUCUUUUGUAGAUAGAUUGUCCUCCUUCCAUCUUUGGGAAAGUUUCAUAUCCCCAAAUAUUUCACAUUUUUUCCUAUUGAUAAUUCCAGGGUGUUUUUGUAAUUCCUUUUGUUGUUGUUCUGUCAUAUUUUGUACCAACAAUUUGGUUUUUGUUUGUUUGUUUGUUUGUUUGUUUAGCUUAAAUCCUGCUACCCAGCCAAACCCCAAAAUUCUAUCCAAGACCCUUGGUAAACUUUUUGACGGGUCUUCUACUGUUAUCACCAAAUCAUCCACAAAGGCUUUCAGUUUGUAUGCUUUGCAACCAAACGUACCGUAUUUUUCGCCCCAUAGGGCACACCGGCCCAUAGGAAGCACAUAGUUGUUUUUUUGGGGGGGGAAUAAAGAAAAAAAAUUAUUCCCCCCCCCCAGGCACAGGGCUGGGGCGGGGGAAGCCCGAGCUUCUCCCGACCCCAGACCCCAGAACAGGCAACUCUCCGCAAGCCUUAGGAGACCGGCGAGACUUCCCGCCGGGCUCCCACGCCUUGCGGAAAUCUGCCUGAAGCCCAAACCAGGUCGGGGAACAGCAGGAAGGCGCGCUGCGCCUCCCCGCUGUCCCCUGAGCUUGUGGGGCUGGCGGCGGGGAGAAGCGCGCUUCUCCCUGCCGCCAGCCUCCAAACCAGGUCGGGGAACUGAAGCCCGGGGCACACUGUGCAGCGCGCCCCAGGCUUUGAGAUGCAGGCUGCUAUCCGCAAGCCUAGGGAGCCAGACGGGAACUCCCGCCGGCUCCCAAGGCUUGCGGAGAGCUUCCUGAAGCCUGGAGCGAGAGAGGCGUCGGUGCGCACCGACCCCUCUCGCUCUCCAGGCUUCAGCGAAAGCCUGCAUUCGCCCCAUAGCACGCACACACAUUUCCCCUUCAUUUUUGGAGGGGAAAAGGUGCGUCCUAUAGGGCGAAAAGUACGGUAAUCCUUUUUAUUUCAUCAUCUGAGCUUAUACAUCUUGCCAGUGUUUCUAAGACUAAUAUAAACAGCAAUGGAGACAGGGAACAUCCCUGUCUUGUCCGUUUUGCAAUUUUACAUUUUUCUGUUGUCACAUUAUUCACUAUCAACAUAGCCUGUUGUUCUGAAUAGAUUGCAUCUAUUCUCCUCUGAAAUGAUUCUCCAAAAUUCAUCAUCUCUAUCAUUUUUUCAUAAACAUCCGGGACACAUUAUCAAAGGCCCUCUCUGCAUCUGUGAACAUUAGUACUGCUUGCUUAUCAUUCCUGGCCUCCAAGAGGCCUACAUAUUCCCACUGGUUCCUUCAUACAUUCAGAAAUGAAUACUUGAAUAGGGCUAAUGUGGUGGGACAGUUCUCAUGUUUGUCCAUAUAAUACGUGUGUUAAUUUAGCUUCUGUAGCUUACAUGGGCAAUAUUUUGUAUCUGCCUGCUCAGUUUCAAUGCUGUGUUCUGCACCUACAGUGGUGAUCUUCAUGGCAAUUCUUCGUGCUUCAGAGACAGGACAAGCCAUGAUAACAAACCAGCUAUCCUGGGUCAGACUCUUGUCAUAGGCUACAAAAUACAGAAGGAAAUUAGAAAUCUUUCAGUGGGCACUCAAACUGGGAGACUGAGGAACAUUACAGUAAGAAUGAUUGGGCAUUCUGAAAGCAUCCACAGGAAGACUUUUUUGUAAGCAUUUCCUGGGCUGGAGAUUUGCAGAUCACACCUAGUAAUGGGAGAUUUUGCUCUAGUGCUUUUCAGCUUGGGCUGAAUCCUCAGCCUCUGUGUUCAAAAGUGAACCAAAGCCUCAUAAUUGCCACACAUGGCCUGCCUGAAUGAUUAACAUUCAAAACGUGUCUAAUUUCAAAUACUAUUUCAGCAGAGAGGAAAUAAAAGUUACAGUAACACUGACAUCUUGUUUUGGCAAUGCUUAAAUUAAUGAGCUCAUUACUCCAGCUCCCCAGUAGCCAUCAAGAGGAAGCUUUGAAAUACUCAUACUAGUAAUUUGAGCAUUUCAGACUAUCUUUGGCUCUUAAUGAAUACAGUCUUUAACCUUCCUUAAGGGGCUGGUUUUUUUUGCCAAAAGCCAUCAUUUUACUUUGCACACUUCUUAUUUGGGGCUUUCUCUUACGUUGGUGCCCAGCCUCAGCAAUUAAAUCAGAAUUUAGGGCUGAAACACACACAUGCUAGGAAGUAAGUCCUAUUGAAAUCAGUGGGACUUCCCAGUUGAAAUGUCCUGUAAAUGAUUGAUUAUUGUAGUAAUAUUUUAGUAUUUUUUUUUUAGUAAAUUGCAGCAAUUUUGUUUCAUUUGGGAUUGUGCUAGUCACUGUAUACUUCAGGGCUAGCUGGUGCUGACCUUAAGAAUGUCAGGAGUAAAGGGGUUGAAAAGGGUCAGUGUGAGUUCUAUGGAAAGAGUCACUGUUUCCAUCUGCGCCUCACCCACUGGUAUUUCUAUAUUUUGUCUCGCAGUGCUUUUGAAGUAGAAAAUGCUUCUGGCAAAUUUGUGUGUUAUUCUAUCAACCUGAGACAUAUCUUAUCCCCAUUCCCGUUCAUGACAGAUGUGCUAUACAAUGCCUUCAGUGUAAUUGGAGGUGAAGAGCUUCAGUAAGAGUUCCUUCCCUGUUUCUAUAACAAAUAACUUCUGUAGAAGUACAGCUUAUCAGGAAUUCUGUAUGUUGGCCCCAACAAUGCUGCCUUGAGGCAGUGGAAGUGCUGGCUUCCUUAUUUCCAGAGAUUUAUUCUCUAAAUCAUAUCCAGCGCAGAGUGGACACACAUGGUUGUAUGUCAGAUGAAGUAGCCAUUGCAUUUUUGAUGCCAACUCAUGGCAUUUUUGAGCUGGCCUCAAUUAGGAAAAUCCAGUUACCAAGGAUAUGACCUCUAGAACUUACUUGGUAUCUUUCAGUUUUUUGCCUUCACUCUGUGCCUUGAGUACUGCUGCUCUGGAAUGCAGAAGGAGCUGAGUUUUUAAAUUUAGUGUUCAUAACACGGUAGAGACAGGUGGCUUUUGUGUCUGGGAAUCCUGUCCCCCCCACAGGGGCUGUUGGAGAGGCAGCCUGCAGGGAGUCUGAGCUGUCUCCUGAGCUGAAUCUGGGACUUAGUACAUGCAAAUCAUUUGCUCUACUUUCUCAUUUGUAUUCCUCUCUGGAAUUCAACAAAAACGGCUUUCACAAUCCCUAACCGCUUAGAGAAGAGGAGGCUGAGAAAUCCCCCUGCCCCCCACCUCUGUGUUGACCCUUGCUUGGCAUCAGCAUACCAACUGCUGCCCUUUGACUUCAUAGUGUGCAGCUGCCUCAGCUAGCGGGCGAUUUCCAUUAUGAAGGCUAAUUGGCAGUCAUCGCAGGAGAGAAGUAACGCUCAGCUGCUGCCUGCCACCCUUUUGAAGGGUGCUGCGUUCUGCAAAGUGGCAGGUUCUUCAGCUGCCAGGAGUCCUCGUGGGAAGGUGAUAAUGAACAGAGGAGAAAAAAGUACAGGGAACCUGCAAACGGCGCAGGGAACCAUAUUCUACACUGUGCCAGGAUGUAAUAAGCCGGAGACCCAAGUUUGGUAAACUCUGCUUUAGAGUAACAGGGGUGGGGUGGGAUUUGAGUGAAUCUGAAAUAUUUUAAUUAUACAGAUACAUUCAUGUUGUGUAAUUUACCUAACUUUCUUAUAUGACGAUGAUUCUGCAAUCAUGGCUGCUAUCUGUUCAAUCUUAUAUUCUAUUAUUAUUAAGCUAAUCGUAUUCCAUAACUCUGGAAUCUUAUCUAAGCCAGUGGCCAUUGCCACCACAAUUAUACCAAAGGGAAGCUGCGUGGGCCCUUUAGUGCACGGUAGCCCCACCUAAUAACUUUAGAUUUGUGGCAUGUUGGCAUUGAAAACCUUUUCCUCUGGAAGGGCUCCAGUGUAAUAAUAAUAAUAAUAAUAACAAAUUUUUAUUUAUACCCCUCCCUAGCUAUUCCCACGGUGACGGGGAAAGCUGCUUUUGUUGCACCGCUAUCAGUCAUCCAUCCUUUAGAGGCGUGGGAGCCCCAUCACAAAAAAGAAAGGCAAAUAGGUGGCAAUCCUAUUGAUAAAUUUGUCAAAAAGGCUGGCAGGCACUGUUGGGUUUCUUUGAUAGCAGAAGCAUGCAAGAUUUACUCCGAGGAUAUUUGAUUUACUCGGAGUUCUUUUUUAGAUACUUAAAGUAGAACUAUUAUUAACUUGAUCUGUUUGUAGAUUGACUGUGAAAUUUAAACAAAGUAAGCAGAAUUGCUGGAGUCUUUUUUUCUUUCUUUCAGGUUGAGACAGAUCAUGAAGAGAUCAUAUACUCUGAAGGAUGAACCUGAUUCUCCGCUCUCUAUCACACUGGCCAUAGUUGAAUCAGACUCCACAAUAGUCUACUAUAAACUGACACAUGGUUUUGUAACCCCAGACCCUCCUGACGAUACUGAAUACAUGGAUGAUAAGCAGUGGAGGAAGAAAAGAAAGAGGUUUAUGAGACGAUAGGAAAAUAGACUACUGUGUUAGCUCUGGACUACAUCAAAUCUCUAAACCAAUCUGGAACUGUAUAUGUGAAUUAAAAGGUGCAAUUGGGAGCUGAACAUCUGCUUUGAAAAUCCUUAAUUAGGUCUGAGAAUUGUAAUAAAUGGGAACAUCAAAGGUGCCAUGGACCAAUUCAAGAAUCUGUCCUCUCCUCAUCAGAAAGUUCAAGCUAGUAGACUACUUGAAAAUACAUUUUUUUUGGUAACAAAACCAUUUUCCACCCUUUGUUCCUGAUUCAGUCAUUGUCCCAAAGGCACCUAAGAGUACUUAGUUUUAUAAAUCAUUGACUUUCUCUAGCAAAUUCCUUUGUGCGUGUCCCUAUUAAAGUAUUCACAGCACCUGCUAUAUUAAAUUACUUGAUUGUAGGUCCCUUGCUGAGUGAAGCAAUCCUCCGCAAAGUUUGCUAUAGUUCAUGCUCAUAAGAAGGCGACGCACACUCCCGCCCACCCUUUGGGUCGAAAUGCGUUGCAGCUGGAAAAAGAUGUCUUCACUGCUGACUGUUGCUACUGCCAAAACUUUGGAAGGCAUGGUCCAGUCCAGUGAACUGAAGGUGAGUUUAGCACUUGUUUAUGUAGAGGUUUUUAUGCCCUCAAAGCACUUUAUGCAUUAUCUCGAUGUUUUUUUUUACAACAACCCUGUAACAUAGGUCCAUAUUGUUAGCCCCAUGUUGCAUUCAGGGGGACUGAAUGAAAGUGGCUUGUUUAAGGUCAGCUGCUAACUUAAUGAAUAAGGUAAGACAGUUAGAGCAGGAACUUCCUGGCUUUUUUUUUUAUCCUGAAGUUUUUAACAAGAAGUCCAGUGAGAAAAGUGGCUAAAACCAUGGGGUAUGGCCACUAGCUGACACUGUCAUAUAGGCUUAGUGUACAAGUAGCAGGACAAAUUCUCAACAAACAAACAUCACCAUAUGUUCUCUGUACGUUUUGGGCAAACAUCAGCAAGAAUGCUAAAUAAACAGCCCGGUCUGGAAGUGCCCUAUAAAUUGCACAUCCAUGCAUGUAUGGUACUGCUUCCUGUCAGUUUGUUCAACAGCUGCAAAGUGGUGGGGCUGAGUGGACAUUUCCCCAGCUUUUAUCUCCUACCAACCCUGCAUCUUUCCCCCCUUGCAAUAGUUCAAAUGGUGACCCUUUAGUUUGGACUCCCCCCCCCCCCACAGCACCUCUUGGUUUAGUAGUGACUGAAAUAGUUCGUUUAUUAUUGGAGGCACUUUAUUUUAUCUACAAAACAUCAUCUACACAUUGAACAAGUGGCUAACAGUAGGAUGUGUUGCCAGUUUUUAAAAUAAACUAUAGUUGGAGGCAGUAAUGUUUCUGAAUAUCAGUUACUGAUCCCCCCCCCUUCUAUAAGCCUGAGAGGCAAAUAAGGGGCAAAAUCUGACAGACUCUGUUGCUGUUGGUGCUGGGGGAACUGGCCUCCAUAGCUCUUGACUGCUGGAUCAGGCCAAGGGCCCAUCAGGGCCAAUAUCUUCUUCUCACCGUGGCCAACCAGGUGCUUAUGGGAAGCCCUCAAGCUCCUGAGCACAGCAGCUGUCUUCACUCUAUUUUCCAGUUGGUGGAGGUAGAAUAUAGCCCCCAGGGUUGGUAUUUGCCCACGGCUUUCAAGAAAGAGUUAAGAUGCAUAAUAAUAGGAUGUGUCCUUGGGGUCAGGGACCUCCAGUUACCUCAGCCUAUCCUAAGUUUUUAUCCUAGGACCCCUCCAGACAUCCUUUUCUUGUGCAUUCACAAUAAUUUGUGCCUGUGAUGGUAUUGGGACAGCUGCAUGCAGUCCUGCUUUCAAUACUAUUUGUGCCUGCAAAAGGUUUGGGCAGAUACACUGCUUCAUUUCCAACUGGUAAGUGUCCUCUACCUUCCUGCUGUAAGUUUGGCUUGAAACAACUCAUGCAAAUUGUAUGUGUUUUUAAAUCCAUUAACAUUUCUCAUGUGGCCAAGGACCACACAGGCAUGUUUUCAAGCACAAAGACUGCUUAUGUUAUGAUUUCAGAUUUGGAACUAAGGAACUGGAAUACACCACUUCUCAGCUGCGUGAGUUCAAGCUUAGUGCGGUCUACUAGGCUACAACAAGAAGCCUUUCAGGAGUUGGCAAGUUACAGUAAGUAUUUGCAGAAGUCUCUUUGUUAAGCUCAUUGGGUUGUUUAAAAAUCUGGAUAAUUUAGUUAUUUUAAAGUAAUUUUUUGAUCUCAUGCAUACAGAGAAAAACAGAAAACACCUGGAGCUAAAUGUAGACAUCUGUAUUACCACAAGGCACCUUGGAACUUCCUAUGCCAUGUGAAGCAACAUGCACACAAUAUUCACUACAAGUGGAGACUUUGGACAUCCAAAACACUACAAAGGCAGAGAGAAAACAGUGAUCAUGACAAAUAUGGAUUCUUUUCAGGCUUUGAUUUGUGUACUUUUGUUGCAACUACCUAGAAAGCUUCAAGAUCUCUUAAUAUGUAAUAGUUAUGCUUGAAUGUGUUUUAUAUCACUAGUCUUCAAGCAAUGGUUCAGGACUUAAAGAUCAGGAAUGUACCCAUGUCUAAAGUGAAUCACUUUGACUUUGCUGUCACAUUUUCUUCUCUGUCUCCUUUUGGUUUAGUGUUUUAUUUCCCCCUUAAGAAAAUGAAGAAAAGAGGAGGAAGUAAGAAAGUAGAAAGGUGGGCAUGCUUACUUACUGAAAGAAAAGAAAAAAGAGAAAUUUGGGUCCCAUGUUGCAAGGUGGGCCUUGGGUGUGAAAUUAUUUUAGACCGCUGCUUUAAAGUAGUGGUGGGUUGCCUUCAGUUCUUUUUUUGCACUUUUUAACAGCACCUCCAUAGUUGACCAACAUAUCCAAGCAUGCGUGCACUCUCAGGAUGUCAUAGCAGUUAAAAAGUGUGUUGAGUGACCAACAGGAAGGGCUGGUGCUCAGUGGCAGAAGCACUUGCUUUGCCCAUGAAAGGUCCCAGGUUCCAUCCCUCACGUCUCUUAGGAAGCCCUGGAAAGGCAUCUGCCAGAUAGUGUUGACAACACUCCCUUCGAUGGACCAAUGGCCUGACUUGAUAGACAUUUUCUAUAGCUGUAAACAUGCACUGUUGCUUAAAAUUUAGAUCUAAUCUUGAUGAAUCAGAGUGAUGUCCACCUAGUCCAAAAUACUGGGGACUAGAUACUUCCUCCCCUCCCCCACCCCACCCCCCAAAAAUAUGCCCAGAGACUCGCUGGUAGAUGUGAGUCUACAUUUAAUGCAUCAUUUGGUAAUCGAGAGUUGCAGCAAUAAAAUAUGUCAUUUCAGCAAAUGGGGUAGGGAUUGUGGUACAUGAAAAUUAAAAAUUAAAAAGAAGCAGGUAGGAGAAGCUUAAAUUUUCCCAGGGAAAUAGCAUCUUCUGCAUGUAGUACUGAUCUCCAUUAUGCACAAAUACAGAUUUUCAAGCCAGUUUAAACUGGUUAGUUCAGGGUUCCUGCUUCUUAAACAACUGCAGAACAACUACUCCAAAUCUCACUUGUCUAAAAAUGGCUUCAUGCUUUAACACUUGAAGCAGCCAUAUUAGAGAUCAAAUUUUGUUUUAUCUUGGUACACCUAAGACAUUAGUUUUGCCUAAUAUAUUGACUUUGUGGCAAAUUAUGUAACUGAAGUUGCAAUAUUUUGAUCUCCCAUCAUUCUGUCUGCUGUAGUGUUUUCCCUCGAUCCCUGCUUCUUAUCAGUGGGACAUUGUGAAGGAAAGAGGCUCAUGGAGAGGUUAGAGCAGGUUGGCCAUGGCUAGGAUUGAUCCAUGCGACGGUCACCUCCAGGCUUGACUACUGUAAUUCGCUCUACGCAAGGCUGCCCUUGAAGCUGUCCCAGAAACUCCAGCAGGUGCAGAAUGCUGCAGCGAGGCUCCUCACGGGGUCUCUGCCAUGGGAGCAUAUUCACCCAGUGCUUUUCCAGCUGCACUGGCUCCCGGUGGAGUACAGGGUCAGAUUUAAGGUGCUGGUUUUGACCUUUAAAGCCCUUCACGGCCUAGAACCCUCGUACCUACGGGGCCGCCUCACCCGGUAUGCCCCACAGAGAGCCUCAAGGUCCAUAUAUAGCAACACCCUAGUGGUCCCAGGCCCUAAGGAAAUUAGAUUAGCCUCAACCAGAGCCAGGGCCUUUUUAGCACUGGCUCCGGCCUGGUGGGAACGCUCUGUCUCCUGAGACCAGGGCCCUGCAGGAUCUGAUUUCUCCACGCAGGGCUGGUAAGACAGAGUUGUUCCGCCUGGCCUUUGGCUUAGAAUCAGUUUGAUUCCCUCCCCCUCUUUCUUUUUCCUUUCUCAUCCUGUGAAGAGGCUGC